AUGGAUACGGUGGUCAGAAGAGGUCCAUGGGCGUUUGCAGAGAGGAUGUUGGUGUUGCAGCGGUGGACACCGCUGAUGGAUAUGGCGAUGCUAAAUUUCAUACCUUUCUGGGUCCAAAUCCGUGGAAUCCCAUUCCAAUACAUGAACCGAGAGGUUAUUGUCCACAUUGCUCGUAUAAUGGGACAAUACAUUCAGAUGGACUACAAUGAGGAGACUGGUUCACGAUUGGAGUUUGUUCGUGUGAGACUCAACUGGAACGUGAAUCACCCUCUGCGCUUCCAACGUCAUUUUCAAUUCACGCCUGGAGUGAAUACUCUGCUCAAGUUUCAGUAUGAACGUCUGAGAGGGUUUUGUGAAUCUUGUGGGAUGAUCACUCAUGACUCAGGAGCGUGUCUUCUUGUGAAUGGAGGUCCCGAGGAUGGUGGAGGCAAUGAUGAUGAUAGUGAUGAUGAUGCUCCGGAGCAAGGUGGUAAUCCUAAUCACGGGGUUAUUAUAGAGGAAAUUAAUGAAGAAGAAGGUCAAGAGGAAGAGGCUGCAGAGGUUCAAGGGCAGGCAGAGCAAGAGAGAAGCAGAGAAGCAACAUAA